GCCGCGGCGGCAGCCCAUCGUGGGUACAUAUCGGAGCACCGAAAACGAACGAGCGAACAGAAGAAAGAGAGAGAGAGAGAGAGAAAGAUCGAAGGAACGAGCGACGAUCUACUAUCUGUAUUUCGGCGUGCAGGAGGCGAUCGUGUCGUCGCCUCGAGCCAAUUUUACCGGCGAUUCUGAGCGACCUAAACUCGCCGAGCGCUCAUAAAGCGCCCAGCGACCCAAUUUCCGUCCUGGCGCAAAGAUGGAGACUUGGAACGAUACUAACCUCGUAUAACGGCUGCGCGGUGCUCGGCUGACGACGGUUGACGGCGGCGACUGUUUACUACUUGGACAACACGGCCUCGUCAUUCUGGGAAAUCGGGAGCGAAAUCGCGCGAGGACGAUCGCGAGAGUCGGUACGCGCGCGCCGGUGAAAAGAUCGAUCGCACGAUCCGGGAGUUGUUGUGCCGGACGCGGAGUGCCGAUUGCGCGCGCGUUCUACUGCGUCGCUCGAUCUGCGACGUCGUGUGAAGUUGGCCACGGGUGAGUGGACGCGCGACACGCGGCGUGCCUUAAUUCAGAAAUUGCGCGACCUGUUGACACGCGAUCGGCUGAGAGAUAGAUGGAGAGAGAGAGAGAGAAAGUGAGCUCGUUGAAGCGAUCCGAUUGAACUGUGAAAACAGGAACAUGGAUUCGAAGCGGCGUCGUGAGUAACAGCCGGCUGGUACGUGAAACCGUCCGCGACGCGGUGUGAAGUUCGCUCCCCGCGAGAUCGAUCCCCAAGUUCGACUCGGAUCCGGCGAUGCAUUUAGUCGGAUGCGCGCGCCGUUAAUAAGUGCACAGUAACUUUCGACAUAACCAACGAACGCACUGCGCCUUUCUAUCCCGGUAAAAAGCAGAUCCGCUUACGACGACGUGAAAACGAGGGAACGCUGCGAAGAUGGGGGUGAAGAAUUUCAUCAUGAAGCGCAUCCCAUUCUGCAAGAUGAAGGCGAAGCGGAAAUACCAUGGCACGAACGGGACGACGGCGCCGGUGGCGCAGAAUGCGCCGCAGACGGACCACCCGCCGGACUCCGACAAUGUCAGCGUCGGCAGCGGCAACUCGAAUCUUAGUACCGGCGCGCUUCAGAAUAUCAGAGAACAAAUGGCGGCGUCUCUGGAAAGAAUGAGAGAGCUGGAGGAACAGGUCAAGGCGAUUCCCAUGCUGCAGGUGCAAGUGUCGGUGUUGAAAGAGGAGAAGCGCAAUCUCCUGCGACAAGUGGACGAGCUGAGUAAAACGAAUUCCUGCAACAACAUCCUGCACAGGCAUCGCAGCCAGUCGUUCUCGGAGCAGCGCGCCGCCCUGCAAAACCUAAAGAACUCCGGUGUCAGUCCGUCCACCAGGAACACAGGGACCAUGUGCAGCGUGAUGACGAGGGACGUCGGGGUUUCGCACCAACAGGUUCGAACGAGAGACGUCGGCAUGGUGACGAGCACGCCGAUCAAGCCGCUGCUGCAGAAGAGCCGGCUGCAGAUCCAAGAGAUCGCGCCCGAUUUCCAAGACCAGAGCAGCGUGUUACCGCCGGAGGAGGACGAGACCCCGUCGAGCCUGUCGAAGCUCUGCUCGAGCUUGACGCGCGACCGGCCGGCGCCGGAAACGAGGAAGAAAUGCCUGACGAGGACGCCGCUCCAGGUGGAAUCGAUACCGCCCGAUGAGAGCGAUCUAAUCGACCGGAAAGCGGCGAAAAAAACGCAAGACUCGGGCACCAACACGGAGAGCCGAGCGAGGAGUCUGCAGUGCAGUCACUUCCUGAUCGAGGACAUUGCACCGGAAACGAAGCGGGAGAUGAAGAAGCGUUCGUGCGGAACGACGACGAGCCUGACGAUGAGGGAUACGCUGACGAGCGAGGACGCCUCUGCGCUCGUGGAGCACGCCCUGAGGGUCUACAAGCAUAGCCUCGUGAGAGACACGUCCUCCAAGGGUACCCAGUGCGCCCCGGAGCCACCGAAGGCUGUUGAAAAGCGGGAGCAGGCGGUCCAGGUGACCGAGCAGUUCAAGAUGCGCUCGCACGUGAGCGUGACCGCCAAGCCGAGAACGGCGGAGGUCGGAGUCGAGGUGAGACUCGGCCCCAACACCAGGACCGUGUGCGUCGGACCGGAUCCCGCCGCGACGUUGCAGCCGGUGUCGUUGAACUCGAUGAACUCGAGGAGCCUCUCGUUCAAUUACGGCGACACCCGCGCCAAAAGCAGGACCAGCAGGUCGGUGGCUGUGAUGGUGGACGACCUGGUGCGGACAAUCGCGCGCAGCACCGACACGUCCGGCCUCGCGCCGAGGUGCCGCGAGUUCGGCACCUCGCCGCUCAAGAAGAAGCUCGUCGACGUGUCGGUGGGCGACUCGGUCAGGCCGCAUAUCUCGAUCUCCUGCGCGGCGAACUACUGCGACAACUGCAAGGAGACGAUCAAGAGCCUGGCGAAGCAGAUCGCGAACAACGCGGAGAACAGUCUGAAUCAUCAGAACAGCAGCCUGGUGUCCCGGAUCCCCAGACCGUCCCAUAUCCCCUUGAACUCCGGCGACCACAGGAGGCAAUUCAAGCGGCAGGACACGUACACGAAGAUACCGGCCGCCGGUGUCAUCAGAUACGACGCGGAUAACAAAGAGCAGUACGACAGCAGCAAUCGAAUUCAACAAUUGCACUCCGAAAAGACUAAGAAUGAGAAAAGCGCGUCCGAAGAGGAGACACAUAAUGUGGAAAAGGAGGCGGAUAGCGAGGAGAAGCCCGAGCUGCCCGAGUCAGCGCUGUUCCAGCCGAUCCAAGACAAACCGCGGAAGAAGGUCGAGCCCUCCAAAGAGAUGCAGGCCGCCAUGAAGGUGCUCAACGACAGCCUGAAGAAAUCGCCCAGCAGGAAUAUCUCCCACCAGCUGAAGAACGCCACCAAUAUCAUACAGCAGGAGUGGUUCAAGGUCUCCAGCACGUCCAGCGCGAAUCCGCUGGACGUCGAGGAUUAUCUAGACUGCUUCGAGGAGUGCUCCAGCACUCUGCUGGAGUACAUUGUCAACAUGACGGACACCAGCGGCAAUACGGCGAUGCACUAUGCGGUUUCUCACGGCAACUUCGACGUGGUGUCCAUAUUAUUGGACUCGAAGGUCUGCGACAUCAACAAGGCGAACGUGGCCGGCUACACGGCCGUGAUGUUGGCCGCGUUGGCGGAGGUCAGGAAUUCCACGCACGCCUCCGUGGCGAACAGACUGUUCCAACUCGCCGAUGUCAACAUCCGCGCGAAACUGCACGGACAAACGGCACUGAUGCUCGCGGUGUCGCACGGACGCAAGGACAUGACGCAGCUGCUGCUGGACGCCGGUGCGGCGGUCAAUAUCCAGGACGAGGACGGUAGCACGGCGUUGAUGUGCGCCGCGGAGCACGGCCACGCCGAGAUCGUGCGGCUGCUGCUGGCACAUCCGGACUGCGACCCGUCCAUCGUCGACGUGGACGGCAGCUCGGCCUUGAAGAUCGCUCUGGAGGCCGGCAACCGGGACAUCGGCGUACUGUUGUACGCGCACGAGCACGUGAACCGCGGCACUAGUCCGUACUCGACCCUGAGGCGAAGCAGAAGAGGCCCGACGACGCCCACCGGGCCGUCCCCGUCGGCCCCGGUCAGCCCGGCGCCGUCACGGCGCAUUAAUUCGUCCAACACUCCUCUGAACACAUCGAAAUAUUCCAAAUAAUUCCGCGCAAUCGCCACCUUCGACAGGCUUUCCUCUCACGCACCGUUUCGAACGUUUAAUAACAGUUAACCAGCGAACCACGGUAAACACACACACACGGAAUCCUCUUGCAUUUAUAUGUAACUUUUCCUUCGUACGGUCUUUUUUAUACUUCGAUAUAAAUUACGGCUGAUAUAUAUAUAUA